AUGGCUCCGGGGAUUUGGUCCGGAACGAAUGGACACGACCAUCACUCAGACCCGGCGAGCCCCACGAACGGCGUCAAUGGCUGGACUUCUGAGUCUUUGAGCAACGGGCAGCGCACAGACCUCGCCGCACCUAGCUUCUAUUCUGCUGCUCCAGGAGAGGUCAACGACCUUGUAUGCGUGGGCUUUGGGCCAGCCUCUCUCGCCAUUGCGGUCGCGCUCCAUGAUUCGUUGCGCGCUCAAAAAGCAGCCAACCCCGAGGUCGCCACUCCCACCGUCCGCUUCUUGGAAAGACAGCAGACGUUCAAAUGGCAUGCGGGAAUGCUGCUUCCCGGCGCAAAGAUGCAAAUUUCAUUCAUCAAAGAUCUUGCCACCCUGCGAAACCCCACAAGCCAGUUCACUUUUUUGAAUUAUCUCAAGGAGCACGAUCGACUGGUGCAGUUCUCCAACUUGGGCACCUUCUUGCCGUCUCGGCUGGAGUUUGACGACUAUCUGCAGUGGGCAGCACGUCACUUCGAGCAUGUGGUCGAAUACGGUCAAGAGGUCGAAUCGAUCCUCCCACGCAGACUGUCUGGGACGGACAAGUACGACUGCUUCGAGGUAGUGUCACGGAACCUCGCCACCGGCAGGACUAUGAGCUCCCUAGCCCGAAACGUCGUGAUAGCGGUGGGCGGGCGACCUGCGAGGCCGGCACUAUUUCCACCCUACCAUGAUCGCAUUCUGCACUCAUCUGAAUACAACACGAGAAUCAGCCGGGUGUUGCCAGACAGGGACCAGAAUUACAGCAUUGCUGUCGUGGGUGGCGGCCAAAGUGCUGCCGAGGUCUUCAAUGAUCUCCAUCACCGCUAUCCCAACGCCACAACCAGGCUCAUCAUUCGAGACUCUGCGCUCCGGCCAAGUGAUGACUCACCAUUUGUCAAUGAAGUCUUCAAUCCAGAAGCAGUCGAUGCUUUCUUCGACCAACCAGAAGAUAUACGGGCUGAGAACGUGAAGAGGAACAAGGCCACCAAUUACAGUGUUGUGCGGCUCGAAUUGAUUGAGAAGCUUUACGACGAUCUUUAUAUCCAGGGAAUCAAGCAACCAGACAAACGUCUGUGGCAGCAUCAGAUUUUGCCAUUGAGGGAAAUCUCGGCAGUCGUGACCGAUGGACCUAACAAACGGGUCGAGCUGGUCCUGUCCGACCUCAACCCGUUGAACGUAAACGGUGAAGAGAAGCUGUCGGUCGAUGCCGUCGUGUUAGCCACUGGCUACCGGCGUGAUGCGCAUGUCGAUAUGCUUAGAGCUUGUCAGGAUAUCAAUUCGAGAUCGGAUGGGCACUGGCAACCAGGACGUAACUACGCUUUGAAGUUGAAUCGUGCAUCUGUGCAGGAUGGCAUCGGAAUUUGGCUGCAAGGAUGCAAUGAGGCCACGCACGGCUUGUCUGAUUCUCUGCUGUCAAUUCUAUCCACUCGAAGUGGCGAGUUGCUGGAUUCCAUCUUCGGAAUCAACGCGAAUCCCAAAUAUCACUGA